UUGUCAGCUUGUAGCCUACUUUAACAAUAUCUCUAUCAGCAGAUUAAUAUAGAUAUCUAACGAUCCACCACCAAUUCAAAGCUAUGAAAAUUUCAAAUCAUAAGCAGUUUUCCUAGUAUUCUCAAUUUGAAUUCAUCACUUCUGCAUGAAAAGAUGGCAACUGAAGCGGAGAUCAUUCCAGAACCCAUUGCUGUAGGGAAAACGGAAGAGGAGAGCAGGCACUUGACCAAAGCGCUGUGUGACAAAGCUGUUGAGUUUCUACCAGGUGACUUGAAGAAAUUCCAAGGUGGAUUCAACCAGCCUGCUGAAACGGAUGAAUGUUUGGCUAAAGAAGAGAACAUGCAAGUAGCCAGCGAUACCAUGAAUACUGUCUCUGAAGGCAAUCCUGAAGUCUCUAAAGGUGAAAGUUUUUUGAUAUCGCCUGAGACCGCCAAGGUUGCCAGCAAAGAGACCUCCGGGAUGUCAGAGCGUAGUGACGUUGAUGACAUUCCAUUUAAAGCAGAGAAGAUACCAGAGGGUGAAAAACAGAAGGCAGGAACUGGGGAAAAUGAAGUCAAGGCAACAGAAGACAUUGUGGAAAAGUAUGACACAGACCAUGACAUUCUGAAUCUUGAAGGAACCAGUUUAAAGGCCGAAAAACUUGAAGAGUUGAACCUUGCUAUUGGGGGAGAGAAAACAGUGGAGGAGGUUGUGGUAAUUGCUGACCAAGGUUCUUCACUGGAAGAGAAAUGUGGGAGCAUUGACGACGAAACAAGUUACUCACAAGAGAGGGAAAAUGAAGGGACAAGGGCACAUGAAAAUGAUGAUAUUGAGUCCAAUAAACAAGUUCUCAGUGUGCCAGAGGCCAACUUAGAGCUUAAGAAACAAGCUUCAAUUGAUAUGCCUGAUCCAGUAAUUGACAGCUUGAAGAAGGUUAAUGAAACAGUUACUGAGGCCAGUAACUCCAAUCUUGUUCAAGAGAAACUGGAAGAGAAAAGCUGUAAAGAAGUCAAAGACACUGAACCAGAGAAGCUUCCUGCCCUAGUGAAAAAGGAGAAGGGUGUUGAAGGAAUUGAACCAAUUGAAAUAUCAGGAACUGAGAAGGAUCAAAUAAUUUCUGAGAGCAUUGGAGGCAACUUAACCUCAACAGUAGCAGAAAGUUCAGAGAUCAAGGACCAUGAAACAACCUCAGAAAUCAGUGAGGGUGUCAAGAAAGAGCUGCUCAAUACAUGUGAAGAGGUUGCUUGUGAGCAUAAAGCUGCACCAGAAGGGGAUGACAAGCUUGAAGAGGUCUCUGGUACCAUAAUCAAAGACCAAAGCCAAGCUACAAUAGAAUCAAGUGAAGAGAUCAAAUAUAUCACUGGAGACAAUGAUAGCAUACAAGAUAAGAAUAUGCUGGAUACUGCUUCUGUCAUGAAACCAGAAGAGCUUUGUUUGCAAGAUGUCGACAAUCGUGACAUUUGCAGCAUAGGCUCUAAUAUCAGGACAGAGAAUAUUGUUGAGAAGAGUCCAACUGAAGAAAGUGGACAAAGUGAAAUUAAUGAGAUCACCGACAAAGAUUCGGGCACGUCAAUAGACAUAAGUAUAGAUUAUUCAAACUCUGAAUCAGAAAAAGUUGGGGCAGACAUGAAAGUUGUACAGGCCACAGAGAAGGAGCUGGCCAUGACAGAGGCAUCAGAUGAGAUGAAAAAGGAUGAGGAAUGCACAGUUCCAGCACCUGAAGGAAACAUUAGUGAAGUUGAAAAUAUUAAUGUUGUACAGCAGAGCCAGGAAGGAAAAUUGGAGAAAGAAGAAAUUCUGAAGGAGAGCUUCCAGAAGCAAAAUGAACCAGAAAAAGAGAAGUCUGCAUGUCCCUUGAAUGCAGUCUACGAGGAUGUCAAUACUGCCAUCUCUAGUGAAAUUGCAGAAACAAGUACAAGCAUCAAAGAAGUCACACCCGUGAAAGACCAUGAAGAGAGAUUUGAGGGGGAUGGGAUGGAAGACACACCAACCAAUACCGACGCUAUCAGUGAGAAUGGAGAAUCAAAAGAAAAGGAUCACCUACAAAUUGAAGUAAAUGUGAAUACUGAAAGCGUGGAAGUUGAGAUCCCAAACAAGAAUGCUGAUGAUUUACAUGUUGCUGAUCCAUUAGUUGGAGAAUCAGUGGAGAAGGAGGACAAUAAUCAGUAUGAGUUCUCUGAUAUUCAACCUGAAGAACAAGUCCAUGAAGAAAAUGGAGCUUCUGAGGAAAAGGAUAAACAUAUCGGAGAUGUCUCUGAGGCAUGUCAAAGCAGAAAAAGCACCAUUUCAGAGAAUAUAUUCACAGAAGAAGCAACAACAGCAGAUUUGGAAUCAGAAACAAGUGAAAUGGACAAGGAGAAAGUAAAAGAGGUUUAUCUCUGGGACCCUGAAAAAUGUUCAGAGACUAAUGAAGCUUUAGAGAAUAAACAAGAGGGAAUACAAGAGGAGGAAGAAGCUUGUAAUGCAGAGAAACCUGAAAUAGAGACAAGAGGUGACAUUGCUGAAAGUGGUCUAACUGGUGGUGGCACCUCGGAUACUGUCAUCACUUCUUCAUUUGUCAAAGAUGAGACAACACCAGAAUUGACUGGUGAAAACAAGAGUUACAAAGAAGAAGAUGCCGACGAAAGGAGUAACAAGAAAGAAGAGGACCAUGAUGAACCUAAGAUCAUAAAAAUUGGCGAUGACAAUGAUGAACAGACUGUUAAAGAUGACCCUAUGCUCCCCUCACCCAUAUUGAUUGAAGAAGAAACAAUUGAGAGCUCCAAAGAUGAAGAAAACAAGGUGGAAAAGUUAGAAGAAGAGAACAGCAAAGAUUGGAUCACAGAAGAUGAAAAAAGUAAGGACCUCUCACCAGACUCUAUUACAGAAGCUCCAAUCCAAAACCUCCAAGAUAAUGAAGAAAGAGCAGAGGAGUUUGAAAAGUCUGAGAAAGCAGUAGGUGAGAGCACCGGAGAUGAGACAAGUCAGCCUGCUGAAAGCCCCCAAGAGAUGCUCAAUAUCUCCAUGAUGAAGCAAGAAGAAGAUCUGCAAUGUGAGAACAAGAACCUAAACCCAACAAAAGCUUUUCCAGAGGAGAAAAGAGAUGAGGACAGAUCUUAUGUCAUACAGGCUGAAGAAAGCAGCAGAAACAUUGAGCAAGAUGAGGUUAAAGAAAGCAAUGAGAAGAAACCAUCAAUAGCUGAAGAAGAUUUUGAACAGAUCUCAACUGAGAAUGAACCACAAGAGAUGCUUGAAAAGUCGCUACACAUAACAUCUGAGGAAACUGAGACAAUUUCUUCAAAAGCUGAUGAAAUUCCUUCCCUCAUGGAAGAAGCAACUGUUCAGAACAAAGAAGAAACUACAGAGAAUGAAGAGAAAGUUAAAGGGGAAACAUAUGAUAGCAGCACCAAUGACAAUGGCAUUGAAAAGGAGGAUCAUGGACUAGAUGAUGGAACAUCUGAUGUAUUCAAAAACACGGGCAGCAUAGUCUUGGAGACAGAGACAAAAGUGGAUGAAAUGGAGGUUGAGACAAUCACAAAGGGAUAUGAGUUGGACUCCGAAGAGAAACCUGAACCCAAGGAUGCUGUGGAGAACAUUGAAGAUAGCUUAAAACAGAAAGAAACUGAAGAGGUUUUUGAAGGUCCCAAGUCAACAAUAAAGGAAGAAUGUGCUGUUAUAGAUGACUCAACAGCAUCUACUGAAGAAGAAAUGACGAAGAGCUUCCAAAAAGAUGAACAAGAAGAGACACCCGAACUAGAGGUGAGUAAAGAAUCAGGAACAGCAGCUUCAGGUACAGGUAGUGAAAAUUCAGAUAUGGAGGAACAACGUAUAGCUGACAUCUCCAACUCAUCAAUUAGUGAUGAAACUGUGAAGGAAAGCAUAAAGGAAGACAAAAGCAGCCCAAUGAAGUUAACAAAAGAGGUCAGCGACUCAAACAUUGAGGAAACAGACUCCACAGAGGAAACUAGCCUCCAGAUCUUGAAGGAAACAGCGGAGCCAAUAGAUGAUCCUAGUCUAUUUGAUAUUUUGAAGGAGUCAAAAGAAGAAAUAACACCAACAGAGAUCAAAGAAGACCUUGUUUGUAGCUCUUCCUUUGAGCCUGAGGAGUCCAAAAAGGACACUGAAGAAGAAACCUCAGUAAAAGGAAGUAUCAAUACUGUGGAUUUGGACUCUGCAUUACCUGCAGCAGAAACAGAGGAAACAGACAUGAAGGAAGCCGAAGCAGAAGAGAAAAAGCAUGCAAUAAAUAAAGUUCUUGCUGUUGAAAGGAACAGCCUAGCAACAAUUGAACAUGAAGGGGUUGGCAUAGACAGUGCUGACAUUGAUGUGAAACCAGUAGACUCUUCCAUCUCAUGCGAGAAGGACAAGGAGAUUCCUAAGGAAGAAGAGGAUAAAGUUCCAAAUGAAGGAAGUGAAAAUCAAAUGGAGAUGACUGCUAGGGAGAUUCCCUUAAAAGAAAUAUUAGGAGAUGCAUUAAAGGACUAUUCUACCGUGCCUUCAGAAGAGCAUGAGCCUGAAGCCAUUGAAGAGAGGAAAUUAACUGAUGAAACUUCAGAGAAAGAUCAAGCUCCAUAUGAGCACUCAGAAGCUCCUGUGUCCGAAGCAAUGGAUGAGAAAUUAAUGCAAAUGGAGAAUAAUCCCACAUUCGAUGCCCCUAAAGUAGAGUCUGAAGAUAAUGGAAAGGGGAAUGGACAUGAAGUCAAGGAAAACUUGCCUGAGGAACCAUAUGUGCAUAUAGAAGAAGAGACUGGAAAAUGCAACACUGUAUCAGAAGCCACUGACAUCUCAAAGGGGGAGGAACCUAGAGAACCAGAGAAUCAACGUGAUGCUUGUGAAUCCAAAACAUCACAGAAUGAGCAAUCAUCAGAUUUUGGAUUGGAGAGAAAAGAAACUGAUGAUGGAAAGCCAUUGGAUGAAGCCACAAAUUUGGAAGAAACAUCUGGUACAUGUGAGGAUGGAGAUAAGGCCAUCCAAGAAGAAGAAAAUUUAGCUGAGAACUUGGCAAAACCAGAAAGCUUGAAGGAAGAUAUUGAAGUAGAAAAAGAAGAAACUGAACUGCUACAAAUAUCUUGUGAUCAGAUGCCUGAGAUCGUUAGCACAAAUGAUACUGCAAAGAAUGUUGAGCUAGCACUAGCAGGUUCCGAAGAAAAGCCAAAAUCUGACUCUGAACCAGUGGCUGAAGACCAAACUAAGGAAACCUGCCCUAAAACCAGCAAGAGCCAAGCUGAUGAAACCACCACUGAUGUUCAGAAUCAAGAAGCUGAAAAACAGAUAAAAGAGGAAGAGGAAGACAAAUUGGAGGAUGAAGACUAUAUUAACAGAGAACAAAAUGCAAAUGAGGUUAGCAAGGCUGUCAUCUUGUCUGAAGAGGUCGAUAAGGAAGUUGAGAAAGCUGUCGACAGUGAAGGCAGCAAAGAACAUGUCGAGGAAGAAAGUAGCACAAAUGAACUUCAUCCAGUAGCAGAAGGAGAUGAAACAACUAAUGAGGUGGAAGACUACAGUUCAGUCUCAACUGAAUGUCUCAAGGAAGCAGACUCUGAGGAACAGAUAGAAGCAAAACACUCAGAGAUUGAAGCACAUUCAACCAAAGACAGAGAAGCAUCCCUCAUCCGAGAAGAAUCAGAAGAAAGGGGACAGGAUAAAGAGUCUAGAGACCCUGUAAGUGUGCACGGAGAAGAAAGGGAGUCAGAAGAAAAAAUUAAGGAGGACGUUACUGAUGAAUCAAAACUUUGUCAAGAUGGGAGUAAUAGUGAAGCUGUGACAGAAGUAAGAGGAGAGACAAGCUUAAACAAAACAGAGGUGGAUGAGGAACCUUUAUCUACAGUAAAGGAAGAAAGUGCUAUUAUGGAUGACUCACCAAAAUCUACUGAAGAAGAAAUGUAUAAGAGCUUCCAAAAAGAUGAAAAAGAAGAAACACCUGAAGUAGAGGUAUGCGAGAAACUGGAAACAAACAACACAGUUGAGGAUGCUGAAAAACAAAUUCUAGAGGAGGAAGACACCAACAAGGACCAGCCUACACAACUGACAGAGAUGAUGGAAGAGAAUGCUGUGGCAAUAAUGUCCAUAAAAGAGGUGUGUAAACAAUCAGAAACAGCAGCUUCAGGUACAAGUCGAGAAAAGUCAGACAUUGAGGAACACCCUAUAGCUGGCAUCUCCAACUCAUCAAUUAAUGAUGAAACCGUGAAGGAAAGCAUAAGGGAAGAUGAAAGCAGCCCAACGAAGUUAACAAAAGAGGUCAGCUAGUAAUGGAAGUUGAUUUAGG